CUGCAAUCCACUCCAUAGUGCAGGAUAUAGUCACUUUUCUCAUAGGACACCAGCUUUCUGGGCCCAAUAUGUUGUCAAACCACUUAACACAUCAAAUGUGGGCUUUGUUGCACCUUCAUGUCCUGAUUAACAUACAUAACCGGGCAUGCCUACCACUAAUAUCGUCCUUCUCAUUCAUUUGCCACAUGGGUUUGCUUCCCAUAGAAUUCCAAAGCUAGAUGUAUUUAAGGCAGGGUCACCAACUUUUUUGAGUACAUAUAAGUAGGGCUCCUUCUUUAUUUCCUAUCAAGCAGAGGGACAGCUUUUUCAGUCUUCCAAGAGCCAAAUCUCCCUUUCUCUCUUUCCAACAAAUUCCACCCUUUCUAGACUCCUAGAAAAACAAGCAUGAUCAGCUCUAAGAAGCUCGUAAAAAUGGCACGGAAGUGGCAGAAGCUGGCUGCUAUCACUCCGAAAAGAAUCACUUCUCCGAUAACCAAAGAGGCUGUUGCUGCAGGCCAUUGCAGCCCAUCAACAGUUGAUAAGGGUCACUUUGUAGUGUACUCUGCUGAUGGGACACGCUUUGUAAUUCCCUUGGCUUAUCUGAGCAAGGAAGUAGUCAGAGAGCUCCUAAAAAUGGCAGAGGAAGAGUAUGGACUGCCAAGCCAUGGCCCUAUCACAUUGCCUUUUGAUGCAAUAUUUUUUGAAUAUGCACUCUCUUUGAUAAAAAGGAAUGCAUCCGAGGAGCUGCAGGGGGCACUGCUAUUGUCCAUCACUAGUAGUCGAUGCCUAUCAUUCCAGAACCACCAACAAGGACAAAGCAAUCAGCAAUUAGUCUGCAGUUUCUGAUCUGAUUACACUCCAGUUUUGUAAAUGAUACGCAUUGCAGUUAGAUUAAUAUAAUUAAUGGAAUCUCCAAAUAGAUUUUGCUCAUGUUUGUUCUUGUUCCAUCGCAAAUGAUACUUUGAUAUGAAAUCUAGGUAACUACUAGUGUCUAAAAGACUAAAAGAAACGUUCUUGGUACAGAAGGUAUCUGUAAUUUCAGUAAGUUUAGAGCCUUUCUCCAUCAUUUUAGUUAUGUGGGUUCCCCAUGUCAAAUCAAAUGAAAUUAAUUUCCAGAACAGGUCUCUGAAAAUUGAUGAAGUUCCUCCUCU